AUGCAACUGGAGGCAGAGAUGACCAAGAAACAGGCAGUGACAGUCCAGUGUGACCAACUGGGAGAAGGGAGAACAGACCAGGGGCUGGGGGCAGGCCCUCUGGUUGUCUGGGAGCUGGGAGUACGAGGCCCUGUCACCCUGGGGCCCGUCUCUGAACAGAUGAUUUGUUCGUGCUUCCUGUCCUACGUCCUCCUGCUGCCGCUGGGUGCCUGCUUUCCUUUAGCAGACAGAGCUGAGAGGCGCUGGGCUGACCUGACCCAGGGGUCCCGACCUAACUUCGCGUGGGGUUCCUCUCAGCAGCCAAGAGCUCCCCCUGAGUCGCUGGCCCUGCUCAUCAUAGCCAAAGAGCUGCCGACAUCCGACCAAGAGAGUGCUAGUUUCAGGUUCCGGUUUGGGAGGCAGGAUGAUGGCAGUGAGGCUACCAGCUUCCUCCCGGCUGAUGGCGAGAAGGCCACUGGUCCACUGGGAAACCUGGCUGAAGAGCUCAAUGGUUACAGGAAGAAAGGUGGCUUCAGCUUCCGGUUUGGCCGGCGGUGA